AUGUUGCGAGGAGAGGAGACCGAGGGCGGAGGGCACAGAUGCUGUGUGCUCGCCAAGGACGCCGCCUCCUCCGCCACCGACGCGGGUUCUGUGAUACCAGAGGCGCCCGACGGUCCCGAGCUGCCGCGGGCGCCACUGCCCUUCCCGAAGGCCGCGGAGGCGGCGGCCGCCGAGGCGGCGCGGCGGCAGCGCCAGCCGGCGCCCGCGGUGGGCGGCCGCCCGUCGCAGAGCGAGGAGGAGGGCGAGGUCUCGUCCAGCACUUCCUACUCCAACGCGCUGCUGCGGAGCCCGGGCCGAAACCACUGGGACGACCUCGUGCGGCGCUCGGAGCACGGAGGCGUGAUCCGGCGGCUGAUCCCCUCCGAGCCCUCGCGCGAGGAGCAGGCCGUGCAGCAGUCCGCGCCCUCGUCGACCAGGUCCCUGAAGUCGUGCUUCUCGUCCUCGUCCUCCGAGGGCAAGUCCGCCACCGCGACGGAGACGGACAACUUCACGAGAUGGACGUGCGACCUCGCCAAGAGGAUCGACCAGGACUUGGAGGCGCGCGCGACCAUGGUGGAGCAGCUAUUCAGGCUGAAGCAGAAGGCGCGCGAGAAGAAAGCCUUGGAGAAGAUCCUCCAUUUCCAGGCGAUGGAUGCCGAAAGGAGCCCACGGUGGAUCGAGAAGGCUUGCCGCAAGGUACAGAUGCGGGCUGAGGCCAAGUACGCCGAGAUGAAGCACGAGAUGGCGGAGUCGAAGGCUUGGCACGUGCGGAGGAAGCUACAGAUGGAGCAGUUCCCCUCGACACGAUCAUCUACGUCAUCAAAGCCCACCAAGAAGCGGGCGCAGAGUUCCGAGCCAGAGAAGCUGGGCAGAGCCAUCAAGGACGGCGUGAACCAGCGGGAGGCUUCGGCCAUCAGGCCAAGGGGGGACGUAUCCCCGUUCUCCUCUGGAUACUCGACUCCCAGUUCGACCACCUCUUCGUUCAAGUUUUUGCCCCCGAUGCCGCCGAACCCGGCGGGGGCGAAUCCAGCAGGGCCUUCCGGAAAAGUGGCGGUUCGCUGUGGGAGGACCCCUGCGUCGUGGGGUUCUCAAAGUGCAGACACGCUGAACAUCGACAGGGUCCCCUCUGCGGCCGAGGGCGCAGUGAGGCCAACCCGCAGCGGGUACGCGACUCCAGGCGAGGCCCCCUCCACUGCGGACUCCUCGACUGACGGCCGAUUCCUGGCCGCCUCGGUGAAGGCGCGAGCAGAGCAGCCAGGGCUGGCUCAGGCAGUGCAGCAGCCGCAGGCUGCGCACCCAUCCCAGUUCACCCAGCCCCUGCAGAGCGCGGCGCGCAAGCCAAAUCCCCCAGACUCGCCCCAGCAGCCCCAGCAGCAGAAGCAGCAGCCACAGCCCUGUCAGGAUGGGUCGCCGCUGGUCACGGCUGCGGCCGCGCCCGCUGCAGGCGACGAGCCGAAUGUCGAGCAGAUCGACGCUCAGCUGCAGGCGCUGCGGGAUCACAUGGAGGCCACGUGGGCAGAGAUCCAGACGGCGCGCACCCAUCAGGAGAAGGAGGCGAAGAGCCUGCUGUUCCAGAGGCAGAAGGAGGGCGCGCGGCAGCUGUGCGAACAGAAGCGGAGACUGAUCGACGAUCGGGUAAGGCGCAUGCAGCUCGAGCAAGAGAUGCGCGAGGUGGAUGAACUCCUUGAUAAGGCCUUGAGGCUCAAUGUCUGCGAAGAGGUGCAGCGACGACUCACCGAGACGUCAGCCGGUCAGAAACAGGAGACGGCCGACGUGGCCGGCGGCGUCGACAGGGCCCCCGUCGACGCGGCGGCCACGCGCCAGGAUUGGCAGGCGAAGGAAUCGCAUCUCGAACAGCUGCGCAAGCAGCUGGCUGAAAAGCGUCACGAAGUGGAGCGCAUGCGCCAGAAAAAGGAGGAGCAGAGGCUCCUCCAGGAGCUGAAGCAGGUGGACGAGGAGCGCUCCACGCUGGAGGAGACCGAAGCCCCGAGGCCCGGGGCACACUCGAGAGCUGCCCCCCCCAUCGGACACCAGAUGCGCCCGGACCCCUCGCGCAUCUCCGCGCACAGCGCUGGCACGGUGGACCGGGCCACCCCCGACAGCCCGGGGCACGCGGCCGCGGUGGCCGCGGAUCCUCAGCCCCUCUUCGCCCCAGGGGCGCACCGUCGGCCCGCUGCGCUCCGGAGUGUGGAGGCGGAGGGCGAGGAAGAGUCCCCCAUAGCCUCGGACCGGAGCUCCGACGCCACGCCGCGCGCGAGAGGGGCGACUGGGGCGAGCAGCAACACCAGCGAAGAGCUCCUGCUGAUCGAGGACGUCGAGGUCUGCGCCGGGCAACGGGGCUUCACCGCGGACGAGUGGUUCGCCCGGGACCCGAGCGAGAGCCGCUUCUCCUCUGCGGACCCUCGGCUGGCGCCAGACGACGCCGCCCUGGCGCCUGCCGCGGCGGCGGAGGGCGAGGCCGCCCGCCUGGCGGAGCUGGCGGCCCGCGACCCCGCCGCCGCGAGGGCCGAGGGCGUGGUGUCAGCAGUCAUGGAGGACCUGAUGCAGGACAUUGAGGUCACCAUCCAGGCCAUGCAGGAUGGGACGCCCCUGGCCUGCUGCGGGGAGCCCAUGCUGCAGCACCCGACGCCGAUCCCCCCCGCGCCGUCCCUGAUCACGGAGAUCCUGAUCGAGGACGGCGGGUCUGGCAUCGCGGGCGCGGGGGCGCCCUUCGUCCCGCAGGGCGCAGCGGCCCCGGCGGGUGGGGAGGCGCGGACGUGA